AUGGAAGCUGCCGGAUUUAAAUAUAUAGACCAAGAAAACACAACUCGUUGUGAUGAUUGUGGUCUUGAGAUAUCUCAAUGGACAUCCGAUAUGAUUCCAUAUAUUGUUCACUCAACUCAAAAGCCUGAUUGUCCAUUUAUUCGUUCUUUAAACUCACGAAAUUCACUAAGAAUCUCUUCAUGUUCUUCUUCUUUCUCAAGUCCUGUUUGUACCGAUUCAUCCCCAUCAAUAGCUACUGUUAGAAAUCGAUCAGUAUCAGAUGAGCAGGAAAGCCCAUCAAAACGUCAGAAGAUUGAGACUAGUCAUGGAAACUUUUAUUCAAAUAAUCUCUUCGAAACUGAUAAACUUCAACAAAUACGAAAGCGAACUUUUUCCCAUUGGCCGCAUCGUACUAUUCCAUCUCAAUCACAAAUGAUUGAAGCAGGAUUCUUCAAUUGCAACGUCGGUGAUCGAGUAAUAUGCAUUUAUUGUAAUCUCAUUUGUCAGCAAUGGACACCACACACUGAUGAUCCAUUGCAAGUUCAUAAAACUCUUUCUCCAAAUUGUAUAUAUGUUAAAACCAAAUUAAUACGACCGGAAGCAAGAUCAAUAUUAAUUGUUAAUGAAACUGUAGUCGAAGCUCUUUCAGAAAAUCAAUCAUCAUCUUCAAAUAAUCUUAAUCUCUUCCGUUGCAAUGAAUUUGUUCAUACGGCUGCAUGCAAUAGUGCAUAUACAGAAUUACCAAAACGGACUGCAUCAUUUGCAACAUGGUCCAAUGAAAAAAUGCCUUCUGUUGAAGAUCUUGUAAGAGCUGGAUUCUUUUAUACUGGUACUAAAAGUAUUGUUACUUGUUUUUACUGCAAUGGAUCAUUACAGAAUUGGGGACCAAAUGAUAAUCCAAUGAUAGAACAUGCUCGAUGGUUUCCACAUUGUGCUUAUGCAAAACAAUUAUGUGGCGCUGAUCUUUAUCGAAAAAUACAAGAAUCUAAACGAGUCCAACAAGAACGUGCCAAGGGAAACGAAUCGAAAGAGAGAGUAACCACUAUUGGCAUGACCGGUGAUAAUAUAACUUCAAAUAGUAGACAAUUAUUAAUACCGGACGAAAGUACUUUAUCACGUUUUGUUGCUGCUCGACUUGAUCUACCGAUUUCACAAAGUUUAUUAUCGAAAAAUUUUAAAUUAUCUAUUAUUAAACGUUGUUGGGAAGAUCAACUUCGAAUAAAACAAGAUGAUUUUGUAAGUGAUUCAGAUUUACAUAUGGCUUGUAUAAUUCUUCAAAAACAAAUUGACUAUAUUGAUGGUAAAAAAGAAAAUAUUAUUAUACCAAGUAUAAAAAUGAAAAAAAUUCAAGAAGACGCUGAAAAAGAAAGAGCACAAACUCUCGCUCGUCAGCAAACUGUUUCUACUCUUACUCAAUUGGCAUCUACUAGUUCAUCCAAUAUCUCUGAUGUAGAAAUGACAACACCAUCACAAUCAGCAUAUUCAACUCAAUUCUCAUCACAACAAACAAUAACUAUCAAUAAAGAAGAAACAAAACUAGAAAAACCAACAACUUCCAUUAUAAGCAACGAGAAUCAAACAAGUGAUUCAUCGACAACCAAUCCAUGUGUGCUAUGUUUAACAGAAGAAAAGCGAUUGGCCUGUAUACCUUGUGGCCAUUUAGCAACGUGUGUUCCAUGUGGACAUUCAUUAAGAUCUUGUCCAAUUUGUCGUCGAGAAAUUGAAGCUUUUGUUAGAAUUUACACUUAA